AGAAAUGUGGAAAAAUCGCUCUCUUUUAUAUAUUGCAGUCCUGCUCCUAGGAUUCUGCCAUUUCUCUGGGGAAGUCCAAGCCCAAACCAGUCCUGAAGGACGAGUUGUGGGUGGGACGGCGGCGGCGGUGAAUAGUGCUCCCUACAUAGUGUCCAUUCAGUACAAGGGCACCCACUACUGCGCGGCCAGCAUCCUGAAUGCCCACUGGCUGGUAACUGCCGCUCACUGCCUUUCCAAUCAAGCCCAGGUCCUGGCAAGCACCUUGGUGGCCGGCAGCAUCGAGGUGGCGGGCACUGCAAGCACCACCCAGAAGCGUCCCAUCUCAUACUUUGUGAUUAAUGACUUGUACACUGGCGGAGCCGUGCCCUAUGACAUCGGAUUGAUCUACACACCUACCGCCUUCGUUUGGUCGGCAGCAGUGGCUGCCGUGAAACUACCAUCUGCCGGCCAAGUGCCAACCGGAUCUGCCAAUCUUUACGGUUGGGGCAGCACCAGCAAAGGCCAGACACCGUCUUUCCCCAAGACGCUCCAGGUAGCCAAGAACAUACCCAUCAUUAAACUGGAUGCCUGUGCAAAAGCUUUGGGCACCAAGGGCAGGGAUGUUCAUUCAACCAACCUGUGCACGGGUCCUCUUGACGGAGGAAUCAGCAUUUGUUCCGCGGACUCUGGCGGCCCACUCGUGCAAAAUAACGUCCUUAUCGGAAUAGUCUCCUGGGGAAAGAUACCAUGUGGCUCUGCCAACUCGCCAUCUGUCUAUGUACAAGUCUCGUCAUUCAUCUCUUGGAUAUCCAAAAACCAAGUGAUCCGAUAAAACCCAAAAAAGUAUA